UCGGCAGCAACUGUAAUGUCAACAUCUUUGAAACACACUCCUUCUGGCAGACGGGCCCUGUCAUUCAACCGGAGAAGACGGUGUGUAUUAGAUUAACUUUUAUUAAGUUUGAUUUGAUUUGUUUGAUUUUUUAUUUCCGAUAACGGUAAAACGAACAUAGUUGCACACCAGGUGCCUCUUGAUAAAGCGAACUGUCAAACUGACAAGUACACUGACAAGUCCAAGGGCCCCGCCCCAUUACAGCCAAUGGUGACAAUAGUGCAGCGUGACAAAGCGAAACAUAGCCGGUGUCAUCGUGACCAUAGGGCUGUCAUCCUUCUUCUUGUGCAACUGCCACAAGACAUAUGAUUAUUCUCACGGGGUACUUUGGUUGUCUCAGGGUCAUGUUAAAGCGAUAUUAGAGAUGUUAGAUGAGAAUCUGUGACUGGCGCAAUAUGCUUCUCCACCGGGGUGCACCGACCAACUCUGGACCAGUGGCGAAUGAUGAUUUCUCAAGUAUGGCAAACGGGACGGAAGUUACUGCACUGAAAUGCGUGGUUGUUGGUGAUGGCGCGGUGGGAAAAACCUGCUUGCUCAUGAGUUAUGCCAAUGAUGCGUUUCCCGAGGAAUAUGUGCCGACUGUUUUUGACCAUUACGCAGUGAGUGUGAAUGUUGGAGGAAAACAGUAUUUACUGGGCCUGUAUGACACAGCUGGACAGGAGGACUAUGAUCGCCUGCGUCCUUUGUCCUACCCCAUGACGGAUGUCUUUCUCAUCUGCUUCUCUGUGGUCAACCCUGCCAGCUUCCACAACGCUCGGCUGGAGUGGGUACCAGAACUGGAGGAACAUGCACCGGGGGUUCCCUUCCUCCUCAUUGGAACACAGAUUGACUUGCGUGACGACCUGAAGACCAUCGCCAGGCUGAACAGCAUGAGGGAAAGCGCCAUUACAGCAGAACAGGGUCACAAGCUGGCCAGACAGGUGGGGGCUCGCUGCUAUGUAGAGUGCUCUGCACUGACCCAGCAGGGCCUGAAGGCAGUGUUCGACGAGGCCAUCACCAUCAUCCUCAGACCGAAGAAGAGGAAGAGGAGGGGCCUGAGGAAACGGCUGUGGCCCGGCUGCCUUCACUGCUGCCCAAUCACAUGACCUUAAGUAGUGGACGACUGGAAGACGGAUGUGUAGGACAGAGCACAGGGCUGCCAACUCUCAUGGCUGGUUUGGUACGAGGAUAAGAGCCUCAUUCAAAAAUGUAGUGUUCAUUAUAUUUGUGUCAAUGGAACAAAAUAACACAAUGAAACUUGGCAUGAAACUGCACACACAAGCAAACGCUUUGGUGGACUUAUUGGUGCAAUUGAGAGACUUAAGUGGAUAAGGAAGGAGAAAGGCAGAGGUGAAGUGAAGGAAACAGCUGAUGGAGUUAAAAGCAGAGUGGACAUUGUUUAGGACAGAUUUCAGACUUUCAAACGAAUGAAUACACAAAUUAGGUUUAAAAGUACAUUUAGACCAAAAUGCCAGUUUUUGUUUUUAUUUAUUUUCUAACUCAACAGAAUUGUCCAUAAGAGUUAACUCUCAGUAUACACCUUAACUGUGCCAUUCACAACAUCCUCAAAUAAGAGGAAACUCAUUUUCACCCUUAGUCUUCCAUGGGGCAUUGACCACCUCUUGAUCUAGACUUUGUUGUCACUGUUGUGAUCAAGCUGGGUGCCACAGAUCUCAGUGACUGGAUACUGCAUUAGACAGUGAUCUACUGAUGCCAGAUUUCUCUGUGUUACCCAUGACUGAGAGACCUGGCAGCGUCCAAAAUGAACCAUCAUUCUUAGAGCUCCCACACUACUUGUGAAGUUCUUUCAUGGCAUUUACCCACAUGGAGUAAUUUAAGGAACAUUUUAAUACCUUUCAACACAUUGGCCUUUUGACACUUUUGUGGCAGGUUACUGAUCUAUUUUGUAUUGGCUUACUGCUAUGGAUAUCUGUACAACUGUCUGUUCCAUUUUAUGUGAACACAUUGUCUGCCAUAAACAGCACAUAAGCCUACCACUAGCAAUUAUACUCAUCAUUACACAUACUAAAAGCUAAUCUGACAUAUACUCCACCUGACUCCACACUCUCAUCAGCAAGAAUACAAUAAACUGUUUGUAUACUCCUGA